AUUUACUAGCUUGUAAUGCAUCAGUGGCAGAAUGUAACCUUCGCUUUUGUUGGCAUCAACUCCAGUUUAGAUUUUUUCUUCUUUUCUUUUUUCUUUUUUUGGAGACUCACUGGCACGUAGGGUAAGUAACAGAAACCCAGGUUUUUAUUGCCUUGGUGCUGUUCAACAAAAGGGUGUGGUGGGAAACUCUUACCUGCAGAACCUUUGCCAAAACAGUCGGGUUAUGCUGAAAGCAUGUGUUCCAUACCGUCACAGUUCCCCCUCUAACUCUUCUUUUCCUUGAUCCUUUGUCUCCUUUUUUUCAUUCUUUCUCCUCCCAGUCUGACUCAUGCUGCCUGCCUCACGUGCAAAUCGGACAGUAAGAAGUCCAUCUUUUAGCAAGCCCCAUUGCACUUUCAGCUGCAAAUGCUCUGAUAACAUGUGACACCAAAAAUAUUUGCAGGUUCUUCAUUUUAAAAUAAAUAGAGGUUAUGCAGGCUGAAUGAAGAGCACAUGCAAACAAAAUUUGGAUGGAUAAUGCAUGGAUUUGAUCUAUACUAAUGCACUGCAGCUCUUGCUGUGCACAUAAAUGUUGUCCUUUGACAUAAUGCAGUCCUUUUCUAAUACUUUGUGUCCAUCAACACACAGUUCUAUCUUUGGGAUUUUUUUUUUUUUUUUUUUUUUAAGAAAAAAGUUGUUUUAAUUUUCACUACAGCUUUUAUUCUGAUGAUUUGUUCAAAUGAUGCAAUUUGCAUUUAUUAGCAGCUGCAUCAAACGGCUCUUUGAAACUUUUAUCCUCAGUUCACCUUUCAGCUGGAAUAGUUUGCAAGUUAAAACACAAACACUGUGCAGUUCCGCAACGGUCCCAACAAUGACAUAAUUAAGUAUUUAAAUAUGCGCAGGCGCUGCAAUGUAAUAUGUUCUGUCAUGGGUUCCUCUCUCUCUCUUGCCUGUGCUCCACCCUUCAUCCCCAGACCUGCAUGUGAACUUUUCUUACCCCUCGAAGGGGCGCGGUCCCCGAGGGUGGAGUCCACACCUUCUGUUCUGGGAACUUUUACCAUAUGUGAGCUCUUUGGCUUAUUCGCUGCACCCGUUGUCGCUGCGCUUCUUCAUCGUGGGGCCUCCGCUCUCGUUUGGAGAACUCGUUUGGCCCACCCGCUCCAGGUCAGGGAUCCGAGUCUGGGAAGAUGAUGGGACUGCGUUCGACCACGGACCCCGGGAGCGGGGACACCUCGCUCGUGACGCCGUCCGAUAAAGAGCUGAGCUCGGGACAGCAACGUGUGCUGAACCAGGUCAACACCAUUAAGAGGGGCAAAUCGAAAUACAGGAACGGCACGACGAGUCCCACAAGCCCUACUCCACAGACUUUAAAAACCUCUGACUUUGGAACGUUCCAGUAUAGGGGAGCUAGCACCUACAGCCGUACCAACUCCAGCGGGUCAGCCGGUCUCCACAAUAAGAAGAGUCGAAGUCUAACAACUAAAAGUAUGAAGGGAAGAUUAGUCAGCUCCAACAUGGAACAAGUCAACACCUCAUCCUGGACAAAAAGCCCCAAUGGGCUGAAACCCAGUCGGAGUGACCCCGCUUUGACUUCAGCUUCUUGUCUUGCUCCAGCACGCAGCAUGAAAGCCAAAGGGCAGAUCAACUCCAGCCAAAGUCAAGUUACUAAAGAGUCCCGUUCGAUAAUUAAUGGCCCGACUUUCACUGAGAGUCAAACACACAUAGUCCGGACACCUUCCACCCAGUCUCAAACUGAUGGCAAGUCGGGCACCAUUAAGGUGUCCAAAAUCGAGCAGUCAUCCAUGGGGAACAACGCAGAAAACACGCAAGAUAAUUUCACCCUAAAAGAGGCCGUUGAAUAUCUGUCGAGCCCUAAUGAGAGCUACCAGCAACAGGGGGCCAACUAUAUCCAACAUGUCAGCUACAGUGACGAUUCAGCCAAAGCAGAGGUAUUCCAGCUUAAGGGAAUUAAGCCUUUGGUGAGGAUGCUGGACAGCAGCAACUCAAGCUUACAAAGGGCUGCUUCUGGUGCUCUGAGAAAUCUUGUCUACAAGAACAAGGAUAACAAGAUGGAAGUUCAGAAAUCCGGUGGCAUAGCUAAAAUCUUGAACCAAAUGAAGAACACAAAGUCUACUGAAACGCAGAGACAACUCGCUGGCCUACUCUGGAACCUGUCUUCCGCUGAAGAACUGAGGACUGAACUACUUUCAACAGCACUUAUCGCUCUGACUAAGAAUGUGAUUGUGCCAUUUAGCAUCCCAAAGGAUGACCCAGAACAUGUAGAUCCAGAAGUUUUCUAUUUUGCCACCGGCUGCUUGAGGAACCUAAGCGGUGGCUCAGAAACGGACAGGGGAAAAAUGAGAGCAUGUGAAAACCUUAUUGAGGCCCUGGUGACAUACGUUUCAUCAAGUGAGAAAGAGCGGAAACCUGAUGAAAAGCCUGUGGAGAACUGUGUGUGUACUCUCCAUAACUUGACAUUCAAACUAUGGCAUGAGUGCCCAGAGGCUUCUUUCUCAACAGAGGCUCAAUCUGGGGGCAGGAAAAGCCCCAUAGUUGGAUGCUUCAGUCCUAGAAGCGGAAAAGCUAAAGAUGAGAUUUUCUCAAAUCCACCGCAAGUCUUAGCAGAAGACAGUAAUGAGACAACCCUGGAAUCAUCAAAGGUGAAGUGGUUGUACAGUUCAAAAGCCAUAGAUGCGUAUAUUUCACUGCUCAAGUCGUCCGGAAACGAUGUCACUAAGGAGGCCAGCUGUGGUGCCUUGCAGAACCUCACUGCGAGUAAAGAAAAGGCGUGUGUAGCUGUAAGUGAGCAAUUGUUCAAGCAACUUGCGGACAACUUUCUCCUGUCCAAUCUAUUGCAGUCCAAACCUACUCAAAAGACGUAUGCCUCUCUUCUGGAUAACAUGUCUCGCAAACCCACUUUGCAAUCUCAGAUAGCACCGAAGAUUUUGCCUGAACUUGGGAAGGUUUUGUCUGACGACACUUGGCACAAGGAAGCUCCUCCGGAUGUUGUUGCAGCUGUUUGCAAUGUGUUCCAUAGACUGCUGCUGGUAGACCGGGACAUCAGCAAGAAGACCAUGAAUGCAAAAGUGAUUAAAGGACUGUCGGCGAUAAGUGAGAAAGAGUCCGAAGACAGUGGAUCCCUUGCAGCCUCAAAACUGCUACACAACUUGUGGACAGAUAAGUUUCUGAAAGGCACCAUAAAACAUCUGAAAUUUGACAAAUUCAAAUUUGUCAAUGCAAGGACCAUAGCAGCUGUCACGAAGUCCACACCUUCACCCGAUGAAAAUCCACCUCAACAAUAACAAGAGAAGGAAACCCGCCUGAUCAGAAGCUUCUGCAGCCACACCCUUAUAAUCUUCACUGCCAACCUUGUUGGAAGAACCUAAGAGUUAUGUCCUUCUUACACUAUGUAUAUAGAGUGGAGAGAUUUUAGCCCCGUGAAUUAUCAAAAGUUGCUUGUAAUUUAAUUUGACAAUGUUUGUGCGUUUCGGUAGGCUAAGUGUGAGAGCUAGGUGUGAAGUUGGUGCUAAAAUCAAAUUCACGCAGCCUUCAGUACACACAACCACUUUAUGGAUUGUGACUUGCAGCGAUUCUUAAGAGUCACAGGUUGCAUCGCAACCAGUUACUAGUUAACAGAGCAUAACAUAACAUAACAUAACAUAGCUAGAACAUAACACCCCUAUGGUAAUGUUUAGAACUGACAUAAACAUCAGAAACAUGACAAAAGUUAAGAAAUAUGUUUUGUUUUUUUUGUUUAUUGUAAAUGUGUACGUGGAAAAUUACCGUAAUUGCUUUUGGUAAUAUCAAGCAAAAAAGAUUCAGUUUGAGGUUAAAAUAAAUUCACCACCAGCUUAUGUCAUGAAUAGAAUAGUCAAGAAAACAUCAUGUUCGCAUAUAAAAAAUGUAUUUGUUGUUGAUGUUAAAAAUGCUAUAUUUCUGUAAUUGUAUAUAUAUGUAUACAUGUUAUUCUAUGACCAAAAAAAAAAAAACAACAAAAAGACAUGCAUAUAAACAUGGUAUUAUCAGUGUGUGAAAGGUCCAUAUUCCACAUAUGGAUCUGGCUACUAUUCAUUUUGCUUCUUUGCCAUUUCAUACAGUUUGAACCCAUUACUUCCUUUAAAAGCUUUCUUUUUUGAGGUUUUGUGAUGAAAUGUUCGCUGUACUCAUUCAGCAACAUUUUCACAAACAUUAAUUCCAUUUCUUAUUCAACAAUCACAACUUCUUUAAAGUCUCUUUGCACUAAAUGAUCUACAACAUAUAUAAGAUUCAGCUUAUUAGGUAAAAAAAAAAAAAAAAAAAUCAUACAUUUUCAGAAAAAAAAAACCCAAUAAAAAAAAAAUCAUAAUUUUCUUCCAGAUGUGAAUGGAAGUGGGUUGGGACAAACUGGCAGUGUGUGUGGCUACUAAAUGGGAGUGUAACUUUGCAAAGGAGCAAUUUGACUCUAGCUGCUUGCUGGCUCUUAACAGACAUUGACCAACAGUUGCAGCCUGGCCUCUCUUAAAGGUUGUAAAAUGCACCUAUUUGUUCUGCUCAAGCUUGUUUAUUGACAUGUUGCCAAUUCUGUUUGACACAAAACUAAAGAGACAUCUCUUGACACAUUCCUGCAAUUGUACAGUGUUUAUGUAGUAUACAAAGCUUCUUUUUAUUUUUAAAGUGAUCAAUAUGCCGCUUCUGAUUUUAUGCUUUAGUGACUGGUGGCUCAUACAAACACUACAGUCAUAUGAGUGGUCUUCAAUGGAUACUUCUAGGCUUCUUGAAAUAUGCAGUACUGAAAAACCAGAAAAAAAUCGAGGCAAAGUGGUAGCAUGAGUAAGUCAUGCAUUUAAAGGAGUUUUGUGCAGCAGUAAAGAGCCGAGCCUGUCAGCCACUGCCUCAUAGCAGGCUCAGCCAUCGAUGAGGGAUGUUGGCAACACGCUCUUAAGUGUUCUUUGAUACUAAUGAGCUAAUUGCAGAGCUGAAAAUGAAAAAGGCCCUUUUAUGUGAGCAUAAUGAAUUAUGAGCAAAGCUCAAAUCAUCGGGCAGGAGGAAGACACAGAUUUUUAAUUAUUAUUAUUAUUUUUUUUGUCCAACUCAUAUCAUGUUUUCUCUCUCUUUCUUGCAAUCUUACAGAGUUAUGGGGUCUUUACAGGGUAUCUGGUUUGACAGAGCUACUGUCUACUUCUUUGACCAAAAAAAAACAAAAAACAAACACGUUUUCUGUUGGGGCAGAUUGCGUAACAAACAAUAAAAGACAUCUCAGCUAUUUGUUAAGGUAGUUGGCAGCUGUUAGGAUUCCCUAUCAACCCAAAGUGAAAGACAUUUCACUUUGGGUUCACUUUGGGUCAUUUUUAUACUGGGCUGUCUUAAGGUUCCUCUGCCUGAGGCUCGAUCACCUUCAGUAUUGUUUGGAAUGUUUUUUUGAGAAUUGUGUAUGUCACAUUUUACAUGCAAAAAUAAACGGCUAUGCAAGCGAAGAAUG